AAAACAAACCGGAGACGUCGCAAAGAAGAGCGAGAGGAACUGAUGUGAGGGAUUUUCUCUCCUGUCGAGUUUCCCUUAGAAAAGUGAUCAAAGCUUCCAAAACAAAUGGACGCGGUCCAGCCUGAAGCAGAGAAUGGACCUGUUUCCAGUAGUUCUACUAGGGAAGUUGAUGAGGACGAGACCCACACCGCCAUGCUGUGGUCCAUCCAGGAAGCCGUUCAGAGGCAGACACUGCAGAUCGGGGUCUCAGCCUGUGGGGCGACUGCCGUCGUUGAUGUUCUGCAGGCGCUGGGCAUCGAAGUAACAACAGAGAUGGUAAACCUUUGUGUGCGGACAAGUCUUAGGAGGAAUAAAGCGCUGCUGCCAGAUUAUCUCCACUCGCGCAGCAAAGCUGGUGCAACACACCUGCAGCUGAUAGAUGGGGCAGAUGAGGCCAGCGGGGGUCUUGUGGUUGGUCGAUUCUUCAGUCUCUAUCCACAGCGGCGGGUGAAGCUGGUGCCGUGGUUGGCACGCUGGAUUCUACGCGGAGCUGUUCCUGUUGCCACCAUGAACAUGCAGCGUGCAGUUCCUGCAGGAGAGGAGAUUCCUGAUGCCUGGCAUCACCAGCUGAUCUUCGGUGUGGCACCCAGUGCUGUGUUCAUGACCAAUCCUCUGGAUGUGGUGGUUGAAGAGGAAGUUCAUGAGCGUUUGUGCAGUGAAUCUGUGCUGCUCAUUCGCCGUGAGGACGUUCUGAAGAGACUCACACCAGAUGUUCAACUGUCACAGAUCUCCGACCAGAAUCCAGACCCGCGCUGGAAAGCAUUGCAUGUCGAGGAUAAGGUCAGACAGAUAAUCAGCGAAGAAGACCUCAAUGAUGAUGACCACCCAAAGACAACGCAUCUGAUGAUUCCGGCGGCGUACAGCUCCGGGGUUACAUUCUUUGCUCUCAGAGACUCUAAUGUCGGUCGAGAGCUCCUUAACACACCAGAACUUUCUCUUCAGUGAUUGGACACUGGUUACUUUCUAACCCAUCAUUGAUAUUAGUUUAAUAUUUAUGCCUGUUUUGGUUUUGGGAUUUUAAUUAUGUGUUGUCACCCUGUGUGAAUGAUGUUCAUAACUGUUGACAACAAUAUAUGUUCUCUAUUAAAAGGCAAGACAUAUACAGUAAAGUUACCUGUUUAAAUGUUCCUAUCAAAAAGUUACAACAAGGGAAAGUUUAGAUCAUGUGCUAUCUGAACUGCCAACCAAUUUAAAUAAUAAUAGUUUGAUGUGUUGCUCUAUAUGAAUAAGCACAUUCCUAGUCAAAACAUCUCAAGGAAUUUGUACUAUAAUAUGCAGCCAGACCUAAAGCAUCCAAAAGGGAUUAAAUAAUCCUAUUCUGUUAGAUAAAAUGAAAUCUCUCUUAUUUGAUUGUAAAGAAUCCCAUUGGAUUGUGUCACAUCUAUAUCAGAACUGUAUUGAUAUAAUGUCUGACUACUAAACAGAUCAAAUAAA